UGCACUUUAAUGUGUUAAGGUUGCUUUGUGUCGUUCGCAGCUGUUUUGCACACCACCUGGUGUCUGCGAAUACUUGUAAGGCAAAGCCCCAUCACUCCCUGGACGUUUAUCAGCCGUCACCUUCUUUUCUACCACAAGGGAGGGAAAGAGAAGCGGGAUAUCAACCAGCCGAGGCUGGCUUCUCCCCUUUUUUCGGGUCCGUCCGGGGUGCUCGAUUCAGCCUCCUUGUAUUUGCAUCAGUUCGGGAUCAAGUUGGGAAAGUGUGGGAACUGCGUUGCUGCAGGAUCGUUGAGACCCGACCGGCGAGCCUGAAAGUACGUGCCAUGCAUCCUGAACACAGAGUGAUAUUUUUUUUUCUUUCUUUCAACUGAACCAGAGCGUCAUGUAAUCGAAUCACUGCAGCCAUAGCGGAUCGACCUGCUCGAACUUUUUGUAUAUGUUUGUCCGCGCGCGCGCAUUUAUUGAUUGAGAGAAGAGCCAAGUUAUCCCUUCUUUAUUUUAUGACAAGCAGUCGACAUGGCGUCACUGUAUCAGAGAUUCACCGGCAAGAUCAACACGAACAAAUCCUUCCCCAACCCUCCAGAGGCGAGCCACCUCCUCGGACAAAGUGUGGAAGGGGAGAGUGCGGCGCAGAGCCAACGAACCCGGUUUCAGCAGCACCGCCGGCGCUGCGAGGACGAGGAUGAGCUGGUGGGCAGUAACCCUCCGCAGAGGAACUGGAAGGGAAUAGCGAUCGCCCUUCUUGUCAUUCUGGUCAUCUGUUCGCUGAUCGUCACCUCCGUCAUCCUGUUGACACCAGGUGAGGAUGACCGUCUCGCUCUGAAGGGCAAGGUGUCAGUUGGAGACCUCUUUAGGAAGGAAUUCAAGGUUCAUGACCCAAACGCCAAAUGGAUAAGCAGUAAUGAGCUGCUGUACCGCAAUCAGGACGGCGACGUCGUCAAGUUCAACGUUGACACCAACGAGCAAACCAUCUUGGUGCAUAACAAGAAAUUUGAAAUGUACAAAGCCAGCAAGUAUGAGGUGUCUCCUGACCUGAAGCAUGUGCUGCUGGCCUACAAUGUUGCACCGGUGUACCAGUAUUCCUACACGGCCUUCUACAUCAUCUGCAGUCUGGAAACGCCGGAAACAUGGAACCUGAACCCUCCAGAGGUGCGAAACGCUCAGCUUCAGUAUGCAGGCUGGGGACCCCAGGAUCAGCAACUGAUCUUCAUUUUUGAAAACAACAUCUACUAUCGGUCUAAGGUGGAGAGCCGUUCUAUUCGUCUGGUUUCUACCGGCAAAGAAGGUGUCAUCUUCAAUGGGCUCAGUGAUUGGUUAUAUGAGGAGGAGAUUUUCCAGUCCCACAUUGCCCAUUGGUGGUCUCCAGAUGGUGCCAGGUUAGCAUACGCCACCAUCAAUGACACCUUGGUGCCCAGGAUGGAGCUGCCAAUGUUUACAGGCUCACCCUACCCAAUAGGGAAAGAGUACCAUUACCCUAAGGCUGGAGAGGAAAAUCCAGUCAUCACUCUUUAUGUCGUGAACCUUAACGGCCCUCUGCACACCAUUGAAAUGAGGAGGCCUGAUGAUCCCAGGAUAGGUGAGUACUAUGUGACCAUGGUGAAAUGGGCCACCACCACCAAACUAGCCAUUAAUUGGCUGAACAGAGCACAGAACAUCUCAAUCCUCACACUGUGUCAGGCUACAACGGGAGUCUGUACUAAGAAACACGAAGAUGAAAGUGAAGGGUGGCUUCACAGGCAGAAUGAGAAGCCGCUGUUUUCCAAAGAUGGUCUGAAGCUGUUCUUCACACGGGCCAUUCCUCAAGGAGGCAGGGGCAAAUUCUUUCACAUCUCCAUGUCCAUCUCCCAGCCCAACAUUAGUACAGACACACUGCAGUCUAUCACAUCUGGAGACUGGGAUGUCACUCAAGUUCUGGCCUACAACGAGGAGAACCAACUAAUAUACUUCUUGAGCACUGAAGAUGGUCCAAAGCGAAGGCAUCUGUACAGUGCGGACACAUUUGGUUCAUUCAACCGUCGCUGUCUGACCUGCGCCUUGUCCAACAGCUGUGGAUAUAUCAGUGGCUCCUUCAGCCUCAACAUGAGCUACUUCCUGCUCAACUGCCAAGGGCCCGACAUCCCAUUUGUGGCUGUUUACAAGACACAGAGAGACGCAGAAAGUGAGACACAAGACAGAGAAAGUAUUGUAGAAGUCUAUAAACUGGAGAGCAAUGAGAAAGUGAGGCUGACCUUGGAGUCCAUGCAGAUGCCCAUAGUGGAGUACAAGGAGAUCAACAUGGACGACUAUACCUUGUCGAUGCAGAUCCUGAAACCAGCUGGCUUUGUUGAAACGUCACACUACCCUCUGCUCCUGCUUGUCGAUGGGACACCUGGUGGCCAGAUGGUGUCAGAGCAGUUUCACUUGGAUUGGGCCACGGUGCUGGUGAGCAGCUUUGGCGCCAUCGUGCUGCGUUGUGACGGGCGAGGCAGCGGCUUCCAGGGCACCAACCUGCUGCAUCGGAUCCAGAAGAAACUGGGCGUGUUUGAGGAGCAGGAUCAGAAGGAUGCACUUAAUUUUAUUCUAAAGGAGCCCUAUGUUGACAAAAACAGAGUUGGAGCAUUUGGAAAGGUGUAUGGAGGCUAUGUGACCAGCCUGUUGGUCAGCGGUGAGGAAUCUCCUGUAAAAUGCGGCGCUGUCCUCUCACCCAUCACAGAUUUUGAAUUGUAUGCUUCUGCAUUUUCUGAGAGAUACCUUGGACUGCCCAAACCUGACACAAGAGCAUAUACGAUGGCCAAUUUAGCCCACAGAGCGUCUCAGUUUAUGGAUAAGAAGUUUCUGAUUAUCCAUCCUACAGCUGACGAAAAAGUCCACUUUCAACAUACAGCGAAAUUCAUUGCCCAGCUCAUCAGUGAAAAGGCCAACUACACCCUACAGAUCUACCCAGACGAGGGCCACUUCAUCCACAGUGAAGCAACGAGGCAGCAUCUCAGUCAGUCCUUGGUGAACUUCUUUGAGGAGUGCUUCAGGCUACCAGAAAGAGUGUUUGAGGAGGCUCUGGAAGAAGAGAUUGAAGACGAGGGUUAGACUGGCCU